AUGAGGACUGUGUUUGUCUCUGCACUCCUGCUGCUGCUCCUCGGGACGUCUUUCUGUCAGUUUCCUCGCCCGUGUGCCAACUCAGAGGGACUGCGGACCAAAGAGUGCUGCCCGGUGUGGGACGGUGAUGGCUCAGCCUGCGGCGCCAUGUCAGGCCGUGGCUUCUGCAACGAGGUGCUGGUCUCAGAUGAGCCUCACGGGCCCCAGUACCCACACCGUGGGAUUGACGACAGAGAACGUUGGCCUUUAGCCUUCUUCAACCGGACGUGUCACUGUGCUGGCAACUAUGGGGGCUUCAACUGUGGAGAAUGCAGGUUUGGUUACUGGGGUUCGAACUGUGCAGAGUAUAGGGAAUCGGUGCGCAGGAACAUCCUGACCAUGUCGACUGCCGAGCAACAGAAGUUUGUCUCCUACCUGAACCUGGCCAAAAACACCGUCAGCCGAGACUAUGUCAUAUCCACGGCAACAAGAGCAGAGAUGGGCGAGAACGGGGAGAACCCCAUGUUCUCUGAAAUCAACACCUAUGACCUGUUUGUGUGGAUGCACUACUACGUGUCCCGGGACGCCUUCCUGGGAGGGCCGGGGAACGUAUGGACAGACAUCGACUUUGCCCAUGAAUCUGCGGCCUUCCUGCCGUGGCACCGAGUCUUCCUGCUUCACUGGGAGAAUGAGAUCAGGAAGCUGACAGGAGAUAAUAACUUCACCCUCCCGUACUGGGACUGGAGGGACGCCCAGUCCUGUGAGGUCUGCACCGAUGCUCUGAUGGGUGGACGCAGCUCCCUCACUCCCAACUUCAUCAGCCCCGGCUCUGUCUUCUCCUCAUGGAAGGUGAUCUGCACCCAGCCAGAGGAGUACAACAGUCGAGAAGCAUUGUGUAACGGCACUGGUGAGGGCCCACUGUUGCGCAACCCGGGCAACCAUGAUAGGAACCGCGUGACUCGACUCCCAACAAGAGCUGACGUUGAUUUCACUGUGAGCCUUUCUGAGUACGAGACGGGGCCCAUGGACCGGUUCGCCAACUCGAGCUUUAGAAACGUCCUGGAGGGCUUUGCCAGUCCAGAGACAGGCAUGGCGGUUCGGGGCCAGAGCACCAUGCACAACGCCCUGCACGUCUUCAUGAACGGCACCAUGUCCUCAGUGCAGGGGUCAGCCAACGACCCGAUAUUCUUGCUGCACCACGCUUUCAUUGAUAGUAUCUUUGAACGCUGGCUCAGGACCCACAUGCCUCUCCGGGCCAGUUACCCCUUCGCCAACGCCGCCAUUGGCCACAAUGAUGGCUACUACAUGGUGCCCUUCAUGCCUCUCUUUAGAAACGGAGAGUACUUCUUGUCCAACAAGGCUCUUGGAUUCGAGUACGCCUAUUUGCUGGACCCUGGACAGAGGUUUGUGCAGGAGUUCCUGACGCCCUACCUCGAGCAGGCCCAGCAGAUCUGGCAGUGGCUCCUGGGGGCCGGGAUCCUCGGGGCUCUCAUCACCGCGGUGCUCGCUGCAGUGAUUGUUGUCUCAAGGAGGAAGUGGAAGCGUAGCCAGAGGAGGAAGAGGGCGUCAAGCUACGGAGAGAGACAGCCGCUACUGCAGAGCAGCUCAGAGGAAGGCUCGGCCUCAUAUCAGACUACUCUGUAA